CCUGACCGGGCCUGAGCCGCGCCUCCGCUGGCAGCCCCAACUAACACCGUAACACGCGGGUCUCUUCCCCUACGCUCUCGGUAAGCUACGCUACGACGUUCCGUCCACACCACCCAGCACGUUGGACCCAGCACCUAGUUAGCACCCAGCACCCAGCACCACCACUAACACCACUACCACCACCACCCCGACGUUAUUUACCAACUUAUCCCGUCCUCUCCUCUUCCUCUUCCUCUCCUCUCCAACUUCUCUCUCAUCAUAUCUUCCCUUUUGCUCAACCUACUCCAGUAUCGCUUCUUUCCCCUCCACCCAAAACAUCCACACCCAAUUGCCCAUCAUGCGCAAGUUCUUCGUCGGCGGCAACUUCAAGAUGAACGGCUCCGUGUCGUCCAUCAAUGAGAUUGUUGCCAACCUCAACCACUCCACCCUCGACGAGAACACCGAGGUCGUCGUCUCCCCCCCUGCCCUCUACCUCUCCCUCGUCCGCGACACCAUCCGCUCCGACGUCGAGGUCGCCGCCCAGAACGUCUAUGACCAGCCCUGUGGCGCCUACACUGGCGAGAUCUCCGUCUCCCAGCUCCUGGACAGCAACAUCAAAUGGGUUAUCCUCGGCCACUCUGAGCGCCGCACCAUCCUCGGCGAGUCCGAUGACGUCGUCUCCUCCAAGACCAAGUACGCCACCGAGAAUGGCCUGAACGUCAUCUGGUGCUGCGGCGAGUCCCUCGAGGUCCGUGAGGCUGGCAAGACCAUCGAGGUCGUCUCCGCCCAGAUCGAGGCCCUCAAGGCGCAGAAGCCCGACUGGAGCAAGAUUGUUAUUGCCUACGAGCCCAUCUGGGCCAUUGGCACUGGCAAGGUUGCCACCGUCGACCAGGCCCAGGAGGUCCACAAGGCCAUCCGUAUCUUCCUCCGCGGCAUCAGCUCCCAGAUCGCUGACGAGACCCGCAUCCUCUACGGCGGCAGCGUCAACGAGAAGAACUGCGGCGAGCUCAGCGCCCAGCCCGACAUUGACGGUUUCCUCGUCGGUGGUGCUUCCCUCAAGCCUGCCUUCGUCGACAUCAUCAACGCCAAGAAGCAGUAAGAAUCGUAUCUCAAAAAAAGGAAGAGAAGGUCAACUAGGAUAACCUGUCUUUGGCCGAGGGCUCAGUCCCCCGAAAAGCAGAUAGAUGAUGAAUGAAAAGAGAACAAAUAUACCCACGAUUAGUUUCGAUUCUGAACCGGUGAACAUAGCCAUUGGAGCACUAUGUCG